AUGUCUAGAAAAAGAGGUAAUGGAAGAAGAUUCAAUAAUAAUUUUUCACGAAAGCCUAGCAAUGGUGAAAGAUCAUCUGAUGAUCCUAAUCUACAAGAAUCGUUAAAAUCUAACAGCUAUAGAACAUAUACACCACUUGUAAGUUUCGCGCCUCCAUCAGCCGAAGUCGAUGACGAGUCGACUUAUUAUACUGUCAAUCUUCAAUUGAGUCCAGUUCAAAUGGGUAUUAUGGCUAGAAAUGAUCAUUGGCAACAACAAUUCAAAGGAUUAGGAGCAUUUAAUCACUAUUUCGGUUUAUUAACUACUACCGCCAAUGGAUAUGAAUUAUGUGACGUAUGGGACGGAUACUUUCACCUCACGCUUGUGAAAUUUCGGACAUCUAUUCCACCAGAUGAUCUUGAGUGCUUAUUUCGUUCAUUUACUUCACACGCAUGUAGUCCUGCGAUUCCUAAUCUUCUUUUUCGAGGAUCACAACUCGCUGUCCAUCCCGGUACAACACGUAAAAAAGAGCGAAAAAAAAUCGAUUUCGUUGUUCUUUACAUCGAUCUCUCGCCUGAAAUACAAGAAUUUUAUCAAGCUAUCCAAGAUCUACUUAACGAUAUUCGAAAACAAGCAAAAGCAUCAAACUGGAAUCUUAUUCCAAUCGACAAACUACAUGUGACCAUACGUAAAUAUUCUAAUACUCAAAUAGAUAUAAAAGCCAUUCCGAUCAAACAUUUGCCAAUUGAAUUCCACUGUUCUCGUCUCGAAAUUAAGCAAACACGCGAACAAGGACUGGCUCGAUAUGAAAAAGCCCGAAAAGAGGGCAACAACUAUCAAUGGUGGUCUGGUGUGACCGUAAUCGAUGGAACAUGUUUAGGUUGCCGAAAAUGGAUUCUUUCUCAAGAUUGGGCAGGCUUUUGUCUCCAAUGUGGAAAGUACGAGUCAGUCAAACCGGUCUGGUCAACAGAUGACAUCAAAGAUCAUUUGGAUCAAAAGCUAGAAGAACAAGGACAAAACGUAGAAACUUCAACACUCAAUGAAAAAUAG